UGGCAGCAUUUUACAUUACAUUAGCAGCGCAUCACGUGGCGCGUGCGGAAAUUUCUCAGAUCUUACCAUUUUAUAAAUAUCAUUUAAUAGUUAUUUUAUCCAUUUAGAUUGUAUUCGAUGUGGAAAAUGAAAUUUUCCAAAGUGUAUGUUCAACAGCGAAAGAAUAUAAGAAUGAUACGUAACUUCAGUUUUACUAACCAAGAGUACAUCGUUAAACAAUUGUGACAAGUGUUUUGAAUGAUGUGAAAGUUUAUUUUAAAUAAGUAUACAUCAUGAAUCCUAACGACAUCAUUGAGGAAGAUGAAGAUGUGAUCAUAAAAGGUUCGUCUCUGUAUGAACACUUGCAUAAAUUAGGAUACACCGAUUUUGAAAGUUUAACAAUAGAAAAAUUGUCCUCUACGAACGAAGAAAAGAAAUAUAGAAUAUUCGAUUUUAUACAUAAUGUGAAACAAGUUUUAAAAAAGUUGUAUGCCAUUUAUUUGAAGAUAAUUCAGGACGAUAGCGUGUCCAAGAAACAAGUAGAAGCUAUUUUAAAUUCUAAAACUCUUUUAAAUGACCACAGUUCUGCGAUAUAUAAUUUCCUUGAUAAAUAUGACUGUAGACCACGCAGGAUUAUGGUAUCAAAGUUUGUUGUACUUGGUACAAUAUUAUCACCGUCAUUGUACAUAUCCCAUAAUACUCACUUUAGAAGUACAACGAAUUUGUUCACGUUAGCCAUACUGUGUUGUGCUAUUUACAUGGAACAUAUGAGACUGAACGAUCAUGCGAAUUUAAGAUCUGUUGUGUCUUUGCAAAACGACUUGUUCGAUCUUUGUAAGAAGGGAAUGAAAAUUUUGAAAUAUGGGUACAAGAUCAAAUUGAGCAAAGGGAAAGAUUCCCAACAAUUUUUUGAUCUUACAGCAGGUAGAUUAAAGUAUUUACAACCCCUAAUGGAAAAUUUGAUGAAAUAUUUGGAACGUGUUUCUCACAUUUACUAUCAUGUUUCUUUGAUCCUUCUCAAAUUGUUACCGGAGAAUAGUUAUAAAGAACAAGUAUUGACAAACUUCGAAGAUUCGUCGUUUCACAUACGCGGUGAAAUAAAUUAUCAAAAACUGAAGAGUUUAUAUUACACUUAUAUCUUGACACAAUCUGAGAUGUUACAUCUAUUAGCCGUCGCGUACGAUAAUCAUAGUUGGAGCCAAUCAUAUAAGAAGGUUCCAGAAUUCAAAUUGGCUCGUAUCGUUCGUUCCCUAAUCGUGAUUUUGAGAAUCUAUAAAGAGAAACUGUCAGAAUGUAUCAAUGCUUAUUACAAUUUCAAGUUCGAACCUAUGUCCUAUAAAUACAUAGGCCCAGACUCGUCGCAGUGGCAAGAUUUGUACAUGCAUUUAUACUUAGCUUCUAACAAACUAGAAACGGCUUAUAGCGACGUAUCGUCUAUUCUCCGAGAUAUCGAUAACGAUGCGCUGGACAGCAAGACGAACGAAGAUCCUUUGGAAAAUACGUUACAGAGAUUGAGUACCGCGCAGAAAAAUGUCGAGACCGUGAAAGGUUUCCUCGAAUACAGCAGCCUGUUUCUUUUAAGGACGCGAGUCAACGAUUCCGUUGGUGAUCGUCUUGAGGCGGUCGUUCCGCAAUCGGUAACGACCCCCAACAACGUUCGUAUUAUAACCGACUCGGAACCAGAAAUCAUGGACGAAGUAUUCGAAGAAUAUAUCAGGGAAGAAUAUUUGAAACCUUUGAGCGAAGAAGCUGAUGGGAUAUCGUUGUACAACUACAAGCGAGACAAGAUAUUGUUUAAAAACUUCAUGACAGAAUUGAAAGACGCUUUGAUCGACAAGAAGAAGUGUAUGUCUGAAAGAGAAUCGAGAGCGCUUCAACGGAUGUGCAAGGCUGUGACGAAGGAGCCAGACCCUCAACGUGUUCCUACGCCUCCGCCGAUGCCUACGUUUAAUUACUUUCUGAUAGAAAGUGAUGAUAAAAUUUCGAAUACGAUUGAACCGCGACGGUGUAGAUUGCCUCAAGAAAUCAGUGUUGGCAAAUCGACGAAGAGCGAAGGAAACUUGGUUCUGAACGAUAUGGAACCGUCGCCGAUUGCUGCUACACCAAGAAACAUGGAAUUUUCUUUUCUACCACCACCGUUCUUAAAAGCGGAGGAAGAAACGUUUAUAGGAAGUGGUGAAAAUUCUGAAGACGAUGAGGUGAUCGAAGAGCAAACUGAAUGAGAGAUAACAGUUAUUAUGAAGAGCGUUUAUUUACAAAUGCGAAACAAAUUACAUGCUUUUCAGUGAAAUAAGAUUACGUUUGUACAAUUCGUAUUCUGUAUAAUACUAGCGACGAUGAUAAUCAACAAAUAAUAUGUACAUAUUAUAACAUUUUAAUAUCAAUAUCAA